CUCGAGCCUGCGGGCGACGUAGCUCCGCUGGGGGCGUGGCCCUGUGUGUUUGUGCACUUCCACUAGCUCAGGAGUGCACAGGAAUUCUCGAAGAAGUCUCAUCUUCUCCAGCAUGUUCGGCGCUCAACAUGACCAGCAGAGCGGUCUCUCACUUCCCCUCACUAAAGCGGACACCUGUGAUGGCGUGUGCCACCGGCCCGGUAAGUCACGACCACCGUGUGCGCUCUGAACCCGGCGACAGCACUGCGGCCCAGUACAGGAACUGCAGAGCUAACCCUGAGCAUUACACGUACCCAAACCGCGGCUUCUAUUCUAGUCCUAGCAAGCGUCCAGAAUGUGAUGACGUGGUUCCCGGUCCAGGCGCGUCCAUUGCCAGAGCGGAGAUGUGCAUAGACGCGCCGAGGUCCUGCCGAAUGCCACCAUCCGCAACCCAUCAGCAGGAUGCCAUGUUUUCUUGCUUCUCUCCGCGGAACAUCAAACAGGAGAGCUCGUCUUACCUCUACGAGCCACUGAAGAGCUCUGCAACCGCAGUUCCCUGCGUGGAGGACUUCUCUAGUGCACGCUUUUCUUCAGGAUCCUACAUUGUCAGCAGUAAUGACAGUAACUCGGUUGCCUUUCCAGGUUACUUCCGGUUAUCCCAGAUACAUCCACAUGCCAAGAUUUAUCACCACAGCGCGCAGACCAACACGGGUCAUCAAACUGUGGUUCCGGUGACGGCUUCAGAUGUUUCUCAUUUUGGUCUCUCACUGUCCAACUCGGAGCAAGCGCCUGAAGAAAGACCUGGAGAUGUCGCCGAGUCUUCCAGGAACAGAGAUAAGGAGUCUCCCUCCCACAGCGACAAGGAGGAGACUCAGGAGACCACUGACGAAGGGCUGUCAUCUCCCGAGCACCCAGAAACCCCCAGAGAGUGUCCGGGAAAGAAUGGUAAAGGAAACUUUAAAACAGAGAACACGUCCAACUGGCUGACAGCGAAGAGUGACCGGAAGAAGCGCUGCCCUUACACGAAGCACCAAACGCUGGAGCUGGAGAAGGAAUUCCUCUUCAAUAUGUACUUGACUCGCGAGCGCCGCCUAGAGAUCAGUCGAAGCGUGCACCUGACCGACAGGCAAGUCAAAAUCUGGUUCCAGAAUCGGCGCAUGAAACUGAAGAAAAUGAGCCGCGAGAAUCGAAUCCGAGAACUUUCCCAAACUUACGGUUUUUCCUCUUAACACGAAUUUCUCCACCCUCCAUAUUUCUGAACGGCACUGUUUGUAUUUGUGCAUUCUUCUGUGCAAGCUGCUGACGACAUGAAUGUGUUUUUGGGGUUAGUCGCCUGCUUUUGUGUCUGUGUGAGUCUGUAGUCUUCUUUCUUUAUGAUGAAUAUUUAUCAAACCAUAUUCAAGGUACAAGGUACAUUUGAAAAGAUGCGUCUUACUUUAUCGUCGUAUGUCACGCGCUCUGAGACAAAAGACCGUUUGAGGGGCUUUAAAUGCAACGAUGGUCUUGAUAUUUAUGCUGUUUUUUUAUGCAUGCGUUUUGUAUAUGUAAUUCACGACACUGUAUGUGUGAAAAUUGGAGUGUGUGAGUGUGUGUUAUGGGUGCAGAGAUGCCGUGUUAGUACAGGCUACGGGAACUCCUAAAUGUGUUUGUGAUUCCUUUAUAACCGCCAACAAAAACGACUAUUUUAAUUGUGGCUCCAGCUUUGUGUACAAUUGUUGUUUAGCCUUCAUGUUUUUAUGCAUUUCAGAAUGAAUAAAUUAUUCUAUGGACGUUCA